GAAAAUAAAUUCUUAUUUCAAUUGAAAGGGUUUAGGUGAGAUCGGAAUCACAAAGAAGAAAUAAACAAAGAGAAACUUCGAUUAUUCAUUCAUCGAUUCACAGAGAACAAAAAUUAGGGUUUGAAAUCAAAAUCACAAGAACAAUGGAUGUGAUAAAGACCCAACAAAUUUCAUGGAGAGCGAUAGAGAAAGUUGUAGUUCAUCCUUUAGUUUUGCUUAGCAUAGUCGAUAACUACAACAGAGUCGCCAAAGACACUCGCAAACGUGUCGUCGGUGUUUUGCUCGGUUCAUCUUUCAAAGGCACCGUUGAUAUCACCAACAGCUAUGCCGUUCCAUUUGAAGAAGAUGAUAAGGAUCCUAGCAUUUGGUUUCUUGAUCAUAAUUAUCAUGAAUCAAUGUUCUCUAUGUUUAAGAGAAUCAAUGCUAAGGAGCAUGUUGUGGGGUGGUAUAGUACUGGACCAAAAUUGAGAGAAAACGACCUUGAUAUUCAUGGUUUAUUCAAUGACUAUGUUCCAAAUCCUGUUUUGGUUAUAAUUGACGUUGAACCUAAGGAGUUGGGAAUUCCUACAAAAGCUUACUAUGCUGUUGAAGAGGUUAAAGAGAAUGCAACUCAGAAAAGCCAAAAGGUCUUUGUGCAUGUGCAAUCGGAAAUUGCUGCUCAUGAAGUUGAGGAAAUAGGAGUGGAACACUUGCUCAGAGAUGUGAAGGAUACAACCAUUAGCACCCUUGCAACAGAGGUAAGUGCAAAACUCACAGCCUUGAAGGGUUUGGAUGCAAGACUCAAAGAGAUAAGAAGUUAUCUUGACCUUGUCAUUGAUGAAAAGCUUCCCUUGAACCAUGAGAUCCUGUACCAUUUGCAGGACGUAUUCAACCUGCUUCCAAAUCUUAAUGUCACUGAUUUGAUCAAGGCUUUUGCAGUGAAAACGAAUGAUAUGAUGCUAGUAAUAUACCUGUCGUCUCUCAUCAGAAGUGUAAUUGCACUUCACAACUUGAUUAACAACAAGAUGCUCAACAAAGAACAUGAAAGGGCUGAAGACUCAAAAUCAGUGCCUGUACCUAGUACAGGAGGAAGUUGAGAUUUGAGAGGCGUGUGAUACUUGGAGUUCGAAGGGCACUGUUAUUUAAUAUGAUCAAUACAUGGGCCAAGCCAACUGACACCUUUCCGGCCACUCCUGAGUUUUUCUUCAUGGUUUAAUGAAAUACAUGUAAUAUGGCACAAUGAUCUUUUAACUCAAGGAAUACAUGUAACAUUGCUUUCGCUCGUGAUUCUAUAUUAUGUAUUUUAAUUUUA